CGUUAAUUUUCGUACAUGAAAUAUACAAUGCCAGACCAACCGUCCCGUCCGAUUCGUUAAAUUUCCGUCGUCGCAUGUGCCGUUCGAUUAUUAUUUAGUUGUAGUUAGAUUAGGUUAGUGAACAUGUCGCAGAGGUUUUUCGCGAUAUCGAAGAAGGUCGAAAGGCUGUUGAUGAACGGUAUCCGUACGGGCCGUUUGGACAACUUCGCCUUGAACCGUCAGUUGAGCUUGUUGAGCAGACGUCAGGUGUUGCCGAGUCUGGGCACGGUGCUCAAGGAAUGGACCGCUUGGAACGAAAAACCACCGACGGGUUUCGAAAAAUAUUUUGACAAAGACAACAAAUCCAAAAGCAAAAAGUCCGACAGCCCCCAGGGUAUUCCCAAUCCGUUUGAUAAUGCAUUUAAGAAGAGAAUAAACAGAAUGUCUCAAGGAUCAUCUGGAUCUUCUGGUGAUUCUGAAAAAGAAAAAUGGCUUUUGUAUGGUGUAGCUGGCGUACUUGGUUUAAUCAGUAUUAUUGGCUACUAUAAUAUGACCUACAAAGAAAUAACUUGGAAAGAUUUUGUUAAUAACUAUUUAAAUAGACAUGUGGUCGAUAAAUUAGAAGUUGUUAAUAAGAAAUGGGUGAGAGUUAACCUACAGCCAGGAUCUUCCGUUGAUGGAAAUGCGACCCUGUGGUUUAACAUUGGUAGUGUGGACUCUUUUGAAAGGAGUCUGGAAAACGCACAAAUUGAAUUAAAUUUAGAACCAUCUAAUUUUAUACCUGUUGUUUACAAAACUGAAAUAGAAGCUAGUAGUUUUUCUGGAUUCCUUCCGACUUUAUUGUUUAUCGGAUUUUUAUUAUUUAUGAUGAGAAGAUCAGCUGAAAUGAUGACUGGCCGUGGUAAGCGAGGAGGUGGGCUUUUUGGAGGGGUUAUGGAUUCAACAGCUAAACUUGUUGAUCCAAAAGACAUUGAUGUCCGUUUCAAGGAUGUAGCUGGUUGCGAAGAAGCCAAAAUAGAAAUCAUGGAAUUUGUAAAUUUUUUGAAGAAUCCACAACAAUAUUUAGAUCUUGGAGCUAAAAUUCCUAAAGGAGCUAUGCUGACAGGGCCUCCUGGUACUGGAAAAACAUUACUCGCUAAAGCCACUGCUGGGGAAGCAGAUGUACCUUUCUUAUCUGUGUCUGGUUCAGAAUUUUUGGAAAUGUUUGUUGGUGUUGGCCCAUCAAGAGUCAGAGAUAUGUUUACUAUGGCUCGCAAACAUGCUCCAUGUAUAUUAUUUAUUGAUGAAAUUGACGCCGUUGGUAAAAAAAGAGGUGGUCGUAACAUGGGAGGUCACUCCGAACAAGAAAACACUUUAAAUCAAUUGCUAGUAGAAAUGGAUGGGUUCAAUACAACUACUAAUGUAGUUGUUUUAGCAGCUACUAACAGAGUAGAUGUUUUAGAUUCGGCAUUAAUGCGUCCUGGACGUUUUGACCGACAAAUAUAUGUUCCAGCUCCUGAUAUUAAGGGCCGUGCAUCUAUUUUUGGUGUGCAUCUAAAACCAUUAAAAACCGAUUUAGAUAUUUUGAAGACUGCUAGAAAGUUAGCAGCUCGUACGCCAGGGUUUACAGGGGCGGAUAUUGCUAAUGUAUGUAAUGAAGCAGCAUUAAUAGCAGCCAGAGAUUUGGCAAGUAGUAUUACAAUAACUCAUUUUGAACAAGCUAUUGAGAGAGUAGUAGCUGGAAUGGAAAAAAAGAGUAGAGUUCUGCAAGCAGAAGAAAAGAAAAUAGUAGCUUACCAUGAAGCUGGCCAUGCUGUCUGCGGAUGGUUCUUACAAUAUGCAGAUCCAUUGUUGAAAGUUUCUAUUAUACCAAGAGGAAAAGGAUUGGGUUAUGCUCAAUAUUUACCUAAAGAACAAUAUUUAUAUUCCAAACGUCAGUUGUUUGACAGAAUGUGUAUGACUCUUGGUGGACGAGUUUCAGAACAAGUGUUUUUCAAUGAAAUCACAACUGGUGCCCAAGACGAUUUGAAAAAAGUUACUGAAAAUGCUUAUGCACAGGUCGCACAUUUUGGUAUGAAUGAAAAAGUAGGUAAUGUUAGCUUUGAUUUACCUCAACCUGGAGAAAUGACUUUUGAGAAACCAUACUCUGAAACCACUGCUCAUUUGAUCGAUACAGAAGUAAAAUUACUGGUGACAAAAGCUUACGAUCACACCAUGGAACUAGUUAAAAAACAUAAAAGUGAUAUUGAAAAGGUUGCUGAAAGAUUAUUAAAACAGGAAAUCCUUAGUCGAGAAGAUAUGAUUGAUCUUUUAGGAGCUAGACCUUUUGUAGAGAAAUCAACUUAUGAAGAAUUUGUUGAGGGAACUGGUUCAAUGGACGAAGACACAUCCUUGCCUAAGGGACUUCAAGAUUGGAAUAAAAGUAGUGAAUCAUCAGACAAAAAGACAUCCAAGGAUGCUGAGAAGUAGUUAUUGAUAUAUUACGUUUAAUUUUAAACUUUCAAUGUUAGUAUUUAGUGAGAAUAAAUUUGAUAAAAAGUAAAUUUAUUUUUUUAACAUUAAUUGUUCUUUUUAUCAUAAUUUGUACGUUGCAUUGUUGCUUGUAACUAAUAUUGUGACAUUUUGUAUAUACUGAUUUUGUGUCAGCUUCGAGAAUGUUACUUCACUGAUGAAAAGUAUAAUUUAGUUGGUUCACACCAUAUUAUAUUCGGUAUGUUAUAGAAAAUAUAUUGGUAUUUUAGAUA